CUCUCUCCCUCUAGCACCAUAUAUUGAGCUCUCUCUUCGAAGUUUUUCCUCUUAUUCAAACGCUAUAUUAUUGCAUCUCUCUCAUUCUGGGAGGUUUACUGUUUUGGCAUGUACUCUCUCUGUCACUUGCUAGCUACCCUCUAACAAUAAACCUGCCAUACUCCCCCACUUCUUCAUUGCCUUAACCCUCUCCAUUCCUCCUUCUCUUUCAAUCUUGCAGAAACACAAGAUAACCCAUAUUCAUCUUUCAUUUUUCUUUUGGUGCUCCAUUCAUCUUUCAUCUUAAUUGGCACCUACCCAAUUCAUGUUUUGCCAUUAACAAACACUGUUUAAAGAAAUUGAGAGAGAUAAGAUCAGUGAGGUGACCAUGAUGCAUAGGUGCAGUAGUUCUCAAUGUAAUAUGGUAGGUUCUUGUUCGUGUGGUAUGUAUCAUAGCCAAAGCAACUCCUUCUCCAUGCUAUUUUCCAUGCCAGACCAUCGCAAAUCUUUUGAUGAAACAGAUAUGUAUCCUUCCACGCCUCCUUCGUCUUCUGUCGAUUGCACUCUUUCUUUAGGAACCCCAUCUACUCGUUUAAGUGAAGACGAUGAGAAAAGAACUCGGCAUGAUCAACGCCGUUCUGGCUCUUGCAUGUCUAACUAUUGUUGGGAUAUUUUGCAAACCAAAAAUGAUUCUACACCUUAUCCCCCUCAAGCCCAUAAAACCAGCCGUGGAAAUAAUACUUGUCAUGGUAGCAACAGCAACUUCGCCAAUAACGAUCCUCUCCUUGCUCGCCGAUGUGCUAAUUGUGACACAACUUCUACUCCUCUGUGGAGAAACGGUCCAAGAGGCCCUAAGUCACUUUGCAAUGCUUGUGGAAUUCGGUUCAAGAAGGAAGAGAGAAGGGCAACAGCCGCAAAUGCAAGCAAUGCAAAUGCAAGCAAUGCAAAUGCAAAUGCCUCAGGAGGAAUGGAGCAGCACUAUGGUUAUCAUCAAAACAAUUCAUGGGUUCAGAACCAAAAAAUGCCAUGUUUCUCUCCAGCAAAUGAAUUCAGUUUCAUAGAAGACAAUGAUCGAGAUUCUGAUACUGGCAAUAUUCCAUUCCUUUCUUGGAGACUCAAUGUCACAGAUAGGCCUAGCCAGCUUGUUCAUGACUUUACAAGAUACUGAAAAAAUCGACCGAAGACAAAAAAGCAAAAGAAAGAACGAACGGUCAAGAUCAUGAAGUAUUGGCAAGUGAUUUCAAAACAUAGAACGAUGUUGGUGAUGUUGAUGGUUAUGUUAUAUGGACCAUAUAUACAAUGGUCUUGUCAAAUUCUUUUUUCUUUGAUUGGUUUUAUUUUAUUUAUUUUUCUUCUUUUCUUUAGCUUCCUUUUCUCCGUUCUUACAUGGAUGGAGUGAAAACGGGAUAAUUCUAUGUUCUUAGUUGCUUUUCUUUUAGGUCUUCUUCUUGGUAAUCUCUAACUUUUCCCCCCUCUUUCAGUUACAUAAACCUUUCUGCUAUUUCACUUUCA